GGGGGGGGUCCUGGCUGAUGACGUGAUCGGAAAAUGAAUGCUAAAGCCCAAACUUAAGACAUUACUGCGUUUUCCUUUACAUUAGUAUUAACACAAACCUAAAAAUGCGUAGUACACAUUUUAAACCCCAAACCGGCUCAAACUACGCUUACACAAAGUUAAAAGCUUCAGGUCAGAUUAAAGCCGACGCAGCCACGUCUCAGAAGCCCCAAAAGAAUGCCCAGACGACGCACUACAUUGAGCUGGGAGGGUACCAGUACUGGCCGGUUCUGGUGCCCAGAGGGAUCAGGCUGUACACGUACGAGCAGAUCCCAGUGUUCUCGAGAGACAAUCCUUACAUAACGGACGGAUACAGAGCCUACCUGCCGUCCAGACUGUGCAUUAAAAGCCUUUUCAUCUUGUCCAACGAGACGGUGAACAUCUGGAGCCAUCUGUUGGGCUUCUUGCUCUUCUUCUGUCUCGGGGUUUACAACAUGGCUUCGGUUCUGCCGGCCGUCGGCGCCUCCAGAGAAGACUACGUCAUCUACUCCAUCGAGCUCUUCUGCCUUCAGCUGUGCAUGCUCUGCUCCGUGGGUUACCACCUGUUCUGCUGCCAUCGAUCAGAGAAAACCAGCCGCCGCUGGAUGGCACUAGACUACGCCGGCGUCUCCAUCGGCAUCCUGGGCUGCUACGUCCCCGGAGUCUUCUACACCUUCUACUGUAACAACUACUGGCGGCAGGUGUACCUGGUGACGGUCCUGGCCAUGAUCCUGGCCGUGUUCUUCGCUCAGAUCCACCCUCUCUACCUCAGCAAGCAGUGGAAGCAGCUGCGCUCGCUCAUCUUCUGCUGCGUGGCCGGGUACGGCCUCGUCCCCACCGUCCACUGGAUCUGCGCCGCGGGGGGGUUCUCCUCCGAGCUCGUCCAGGCUUUUGUCCCUCGAAUCCUGGGGAUGUAUUUCAUCGCAGUGUUGGCCAUUAUUUUUUACGUCUCCAAAGUUCCUGAACGCUACUUUCCAGGUCAGCUGAACUACCUGGGCUCCAGCCACCAGGUGUGGCACGUUCUGCUGGUUCUGAUGUUCUACUGGUGGCACCAGUCGUCGUGCUUCAUCAUGGCGUACCGACACACUCAGCCGUGUCCCGACGCUCCCCAACAUUCAUAGUCUAGAAGAACCGGGCCCCGACUGUGAGCAGCUCGUUUCUCAUAUCAGCUGAACUUUUGUAAAUAUUUAAUAAUUAGUACCCGAUAUCAGAAAGAGGCUAAAGUUUCCAUCCAGGCUAGGCUAAUGGCUAGCCAAACGAGAGCCAUUUUUCACUCUUACGAAACUCCUCUUGAGUUGUAGAAGUUUAUUAUUAUUUAUUGUGACGUUUGUUCACAUCUGGAUGUCGUCAAAGCUUCUAUUGGAAAAGUCUGAACACAUUAUGAACAUUCUCCGACAGAAUUAUUCAGAUUUUUUUUACCUCUCUGAGGCAGACUGGACUGUAUCAGACUUCUUUCUUCUCCCAGCAGAUCAGCACAAACAGAGACACUGGAA